GCGCCAUCUCACUGACCAUCAGGACAUCAGGUCAAUGAUUGCUGAGGUCUCUCUGUAGAGGUGAAUGUCCAGAUGUGUGAUCGUCAGCUCUUGGGAACAUGUCGCAGUCUCUGCUCUUGGUCGCUGCUCUCUCUCUCCUCGGUUGCUCGGCUGCAGGAAAAGUGUGCGCCCGUCCCCGUGAUGUAGAGAACGCAGUGUUCCGGCCCGGGAGGGUGGUGUAUACCCCUCAGGACGUGGUCACCUACACCUGCACCCCGGGAUAUAUGAAGGAUUCUGGGACUGACAAGGCCGUGUGCCUGAUCCUGGGAAACUGGGAGCACGCCACCUUAAAGUGCAAGCGACGACAAUGCCCAAAACCCAGCAUCCUGGACCACGGUAGGGUGCACUACACGGACAUCACAUAUCAGAGCGUCAUCCACUUCUCAUGUCAUGAAGGAUAUAGAUUACAUGGCGCCAAUGAAAGCGAAUGUUUACAGAGCGGAGCCUGGAGCACCCCCUACCCAGUGUGUGAGAGGGUGACCUGCCCUCCUCCUGAGAUCCCAUAUUUGGGGCGUCUGGAGUCCUAUGAGCCCCGGGAGGGGAACGUCUCCUUCUACCAGGACGUGGUGCGAUACAGCUGCCAGAACAACUACGCCCUGAUCGGGCACGAGAACGCCACCUGCAGAGCCAACGGCACCUGGAGCCCCAUGCCUGAAUGCCGGGAUGUAAAAUGUCAGCGUCCGACGGAGAUCACCAACGGGUACAUGAGCUACGCGCCGUAUCGGAAGUAUAACUACAAGGAGGCGGUGACCUACGGGUGUAACCCGCCGUACACGCUGGUGGGCUCCCGCACCGCCUACUGCAACAAAGAUGGAGAAUGGACCCCCAAGCCCCUCUGCCAGGCGCCGUGCCACGUGCCCACACCAAAGGCCAACGUCCUGCACAACGGCCGGAAGACGCGCGUGGACGAGAUCUCCCGCCAGCAGAUCCAACAUGGCGACGUCAUCACCUACUACUGCAAGAACAAGAAGGACAAGUGCGCCUACACCGUGGAGAGCCGCUGCCAUGACGGCAACUUCACCGUCCCCGACUGCUACAAAAAACCCGGAGUCUUCUCGGUAUUUUCCACUGACCCAUCAGACAUGACGCCGUGUGCGCAGGAAGCGUAGCAGAGCCGCAUUUAACGGAACGGCAGAGCCGAAUGUAACGGAACAGCAGAGCCGACUGUAACGGAACAGCAGGGCCGACUGUAAUGGAACAGCAGAGCCGACUGUAAUGGAACAGCAGGAACGAACCUGUAAUAAUCUGUAAUAGUCCUAUAAAAAUACACAGA